GUGACGCGUUUUCAAAUCUUCAACCGCCGCAGCCCACUCGCUUGUGCUUCGCCCGUUUCUCUUCCGCGCCUUGGAGCCGGAUUCGGCCUUGGAGGCCCGGCCCGUAGACGCGGCAUCUCUACUGCGAGGUGGUCGCUGACCGCGGAACGAAGGAAGUAGCGAGCCUGUCACAGGACCGAAGGAGCCGUGUUUUCCCGGCAGUCCGGCGCGACACCAUCUCCGGACCCAGCAUGUAGGUGCCGGGUGGCUGCCAUGAACUCCGGAGCCAUGAGGAUCCACGGCAAAGGACAUUUCCAGGGUGGAAUCCAAGUCAAUAAUGAAAAAAACAGACCAUCUCUGAAGUCUCUGAAAACUGACAGCAACAAACCAGAAAAAUCCAAAUACAAGCCACUUUGGGGGAAAGUAUUUUACCUUGACUUACCUUCUGUCUCAAUAUCUGAAAAACUGCAAAAAGACAUUAAAGAUCUAGGCGGGCGAGUUGAAGAAUUUCUGAGCAAAGACAUCAGUUAUCUCAUUUCAAAUAAAAAGGAAGCUAAAUUUGCACAAACUUUGAGCCGAAUUUCCCCUGUACCAAGUCCAGAAUCUGCGUAUAAUGCAGAAACCACUUCACCUCAUCCCAGCCAUGAUGGAAGCUCAUUUAAAUCUCCAGACUCAGUGUGUUUAAGCAGAGGAAAAUUACUAGUUGAAAAAGCUAUCAAGGACCAUGAUUUUAUUCCUUCAAAUAGUAUAUUAUCAAAUGCCUUAUCCUGGGGAGUGAAAAUUCUGCAUAUUGAUGAUAUUAGAUACUACAUGGAACAAAAGAAAAAAGAGUUGUAUUUACUAAAGAAGUCAAGCACUUCCGUGAGAGAUGUGGGGAAAAGAGUCUGUACUCAGAAAACAAAAACAGGUAGACUGAAAAAGCCUUUUGUAAAGGUGGAAGAUAUGUGCCAAUUUUAUAGGCCGUUUUAUCUUCAGUUGACCAACAUGCCUUUUAUAAAUUAUUCUGUCCAGAAGCCCUGCAGUCCAUUUGAUGUGGAUAAGCCAUCUAGCAUCCAAAAGCAAACUCAAGUUAAACUAAGAAUCCAAACAGAUGGUGAUAAACAAGAUGGAACCCCAAUUCAGCUCCAUUUGAAAGAGAAAAAAAAGAAAGGAUAUUGUGAAUGUUGCUUACAGAAAUAUGAAGACCUUGAAACUCAUCUUCUAUGUGAACAACACAGAAACUUUGCACAGAGCAACCAGUAUCAAGUUGUUGAUGAUAUCAUAUCUAAGUUAGUUUUUGACUUAGUGGAAUGUGAAAGGGACACACCUAAAAAGAAAAGAAUAAAAUACAGUGUUGGAUCCCUUUCUCCUCUUACUACAAAUGUCCUGAAGAAGACCAAACCAAAAGAACAGCUAGAACUGCAACAAAUUCCUCAGAAGAACUUCAGGGAAAAUGAUAUUAUACAGGCAGUGGAGCAGAGUUUGCUGUAUAAAGAAACCCAGGAACCUGAACAAGAGCUUGUGCUUAUUUCAGAACCUAUCCCCUUCCCUUCAGAUGAACCAAGAGAACUCAGUGAGGAAAAGAUGGAUAAAUGUUCCAUAUUAAAUACAGCUGAAAAUGACAUUAAACAGAAUUUUACACAGCUGCCUUCACAUGAAAAUAAACAAGAAUGUAUUUUUGAUGUUUCUGAACAUAAAUUAAUUGUAAAUGAAAGUAACUUGGAAGAACUAAAGGUGAAUCGCUGUCAAUGUAGACUACAGACAACUAUACAAGUUUCCAGUUUCAAUAAGGAUAAUAGUGCAUCUCAACUGAAACAAAAGUCAGAUACUAUCCUUUUUCCGGCAGAGGAUCUGAAGGUAAAGGACCUUCACUCAAUAUUUGGUCAUGAUUCUGGUCUGAUAGCAAUGAACAGUUCACAAGAGCACCUGACAAUUCAAGCAAAGACUCCAUCCCAUAACCCUCCUAGGGAAUCCAGUGAAUGCAACCUCAAGAAUAUGGAUAGUGUACUUCCUGGUAAAAUCCAUCGGAAAGUGAAAUUAUUAUUAGGAAGAAAUAAAAAAGAAAAUCUGGAACCAAAUGUGGAAUUAGAUAAGAAAAGAACUGAAUUUCUGAUCACACAAGAAGAAAACAGAAUUUGUAGUUCACCAGUUCAGUCUUUAGUGGACUUAUUUCAGACUAGUGAAGAGAAAUCAGAAUUUUUGGGUUUCACAAGCUACCCUGAAAACAGUGGUACAUGUGAUGCUUUAGAUAUUUGGGAAGAAGAAAAUUCAAAUAGCUUAUUGUCAAUGUUUUUUUCUUCCCCUUCAAAUUCUACAUUUACUGGCUUUUAGUCCUUAAAAAUGUAUACUUUUUAGAAGUGUAAGGAUCAUAUUCUUUUGAAAUUUUUAUAAAUAUGUAUAAAAAUUCUUAGGAUGUUCUUGCCAACUUUGUUUACAGAACCAUAUGUAAAUAUUAACAAUAAAGGUCAUGUUUGCAUUUUCAAUAGAAUUGAAUACCUAUUAUAGAAAAAUUGCAGGACAAACUUCUGGCUCAUUUUGUUUAUUGUCUAUUAAAUAGAAUCCUAUGAUAACAUGACAAUAUUGCCUAUGAAAACCUAAAUUUCUUAUGGAAAGGAAAAGGUUUUAUAUAUUUGGUUGUGGAAAUCAUUAUCAGAAACAGACACUUUUACAUUGGUACUGUUCUUGUACAAAUAUAGCUUAUAUAAACUAUAUCUGUACAAACUAGAUACAGUUUAUAUGAGCAAUGUUUAAAUUGAAGUUAUGCAAAUAUACAUCUAGUCCAUGUUCUUACUGAAGUUGAAUUUUUUAAGGUAUUUAUGCUGGUGGUAAUUUUUUUUUUUUUCCCUUAAUUGGCCUCAGUUAGUCGUUUUGCCUGGCUUAGGUGAGCGAGGAAAAAAAGUUGUGUCGAGCCCUUUACUCCAUAAUUCAUGGAAGAAAUCAACAGUGAUAGUCUAGAUACAGUAUACUCUUAUAAGAGGGUGACCUACUUGGCACUGAAGAGUUAUUUGUAGAGGUAAAUAGAAUCCAGAAAGGAGUAACUUAAUGAGAUUACCGUACAGAAUGUAAUACCUUCCCCACUGUGCUUACCUUUUUUAGAUAACGGAAAUUUUUUCUUUACCCUCUGAUUUGGUAUCAGGAAAUGAAAGAAAGAAUGGCAUCGAGCUCUAAAUAGUUGUAGUUUUGAAAUAUAUAUGAGGAUUGCCUUCAAUCUGGCACUGAACAAUAUGAUAAUUUGGAGGAAGAAAAAUUCAAAUAAAAGAAAAAUAUGAACUGUCUUUAUAAUAGAGGGUAUAAGAGGCAUUUGACUUUGCAUAUAUUCUUACAGAAGUAUAUAAUUUACAACCAGUGGCAGUUUUUCACAGUAAAAAUUGAUGCCACUGAACACUAUGUAAGUACCUUGUUGCUAAAAAUUAACUUUGGUUAAUAGUCUUGUUUGGCAUCCUAUAUGGCUCUCAACAUGAUUUUAUUUGUACAUUUAUUUUGACAGUAUUAAUGAAAAAUACUGGCUUUUCAACAUAUUUAUUGGUUAUAAAAUUAUACCAGUACCUUAAAUAGUAUCAAUGAAAGAUCCUUUACAGUGCAUACAUGAAAACCUUAUUUCCAAUGUAAAUUAAUACUGUAGCAUCUUCUGUUACAAGUGUAUGUGUAUGCAUGUGAAUCUGUCAGGUUUUACAGACAUCCUUCUAAAAAUCUACAUGAAACUUGGAAAAUUAUUAAUUUUUUUACUUCAAUUUUUAUCUCAAUUCUCAAAAAAAAAAUGCAAAUAAUUAAAAGGUAUUUAAACCUCCUCUAUGAUGCUUUGACUUGAGAGUGACAGUCUUCAAUUUGCAGUGUUGCCAUUUGUCAGCCCUCACAAUUAUUUAGAGUUGUGCCUUAGCUGCAUUUAAUACGUAGUACAAGGCUCAAGCUGAACUACUGUACUUUCUUAACCUUAAUAUUUUACACGAUUUUUGAACUAUUAGUUUGAAUACUGGGCUUUUAAAAGACUCUAAGGGCUUUAUAAUGAGUACUGUACUCUUAAAAAAAGCUUAAAUUUCAGUUUAUUUGGAACAAGUCAAUAAAUAAACAAGUCAGGGCCAUUACAGUUUGUGUCCUUUGUAGUAUGCUGUUGGGCACCCAACCAAGGGGAUGAGUGCAGGUACAGAGCCAGCCUGCAAUUUGAUCAAGUAUUAUGACAUGUUUUUACAAGUUCCAACCAAUAAGCUAGCCUUUCUGUAUUAAGAAACAACAUUAUACACCUGUGCAGAAUGGUGAUUCUGCAUAUCUUAGAUUAAAAAACAAUUCAGGCCUUUACAAACCUUUUGCCAUUAAUUAGCAUUUUUAAGGCAGUAUUAGAGGGAAGAAGCCUCCUUAAAAUCUCUUCCCCACACUCCCCAAAAAAUCUGUAGGAAGAGCUCUGGACAAUCAAAUAAUUUUGUCAGCAAAAUGUAAUGACACUUUCAAUGCAAGAAAAAUACAUGUCAGCUUUGAACAUUGUGGGAGAACAGCAUGGGACUGGGGGAAAAAAGACUAAAAAAGAAACCGAAAACCAGGUUUAGACAUACCUACUGAAGGAUAUCAUCAAUUCCUUAGAAAAGAACUUAAAAUUCUUUGUAGUCCUUGUGUACUUGUUUAUUUUACUUAGUUGUGAUUAACUGUGAAUCAUAGUGUUAAGUCCAGUCAGUCAUCUUCAGUACUUUUUGCUGACUUCCUCAAAUCUCAAAUAAAUGAUUAGGGCUACAUGAAUCCUGUCAAAUUAUCAAAUUUAAUAAAACAGAUCUGUAGAAGUUUCCCUUAAGAAAACUUUGUUGUGGUUUGUGUUUUAAAUUACUUCUCAGCAUUUGACUGUCUGGAUCAUAAACUAUGGAUAACAUCGCGAAGAAUGGGAAUUCCAGAACACUUAAUUGCGCUCAUGAGGAACCUGUACGUAGAUCAAGAAGCAGUAGUUUGGACAGAACAAGGGGAUAGUGUGUGGUUUAAGGUCAGGAAAAGUGCGCGUCAGGGUUGUAUCCUUUCACCAUACCUAGUCAAUCUGUAUUCUGAGCAAGUAAUCCAAGAAGCUGUACUAUAUGAAGAACAGGGCUUCAGGAUUGGAGGAAGACUCAUUAACAACCUGUGAUACGCAAAUGAAACAACCUUGCUUGCUGAAAGCAAAGGACUUGUGCUUACUGAUGAAGAUCAAAGACUAUAGCCGCCAGUAUGGAUUACACUUCAACAUAAAGGAAACAAAAAUUCUCAACUGGAUCAAUAAGCAACAUGAUAAAUGAAGAAAAGAUUGAAGUUGUCAAGGAUUUCAUUUUACUUGGAUCCACAAUAAAUACCCAUGGAAUCAACAGUCAAAUCAGCCGAUGCAUUGGGCAAAUCUGCAAGAGACAAAGUAUUAAAAAGCAAAGAUGUCACCUUGAAGAUUAAGGUGUGCUUGAUCCAAGCCAUGGUGAUUUCAGUCACCUCAUAUGCGUGCAAAAGCUGGACAAUGAAUGAGAAAGACCAAAGAAGAAUUGACGCCUUUGAAUUAUGGUGUUGGGGAAGAAUAUUUAAUAUACCACGGACUGCCAAAAGAAUGAAUAAAUCUGUCUUAGAAGGAGUACAGCCAGAAUACUCCUUAGAAGCAUCGUCUCACAUACUUUGGAUAUGUUAUCAGGAGGGAUCAGUACCUGAAGAUGGACAUCAUGCUUGCUAAAGUAAAAGAUCAGUGAAAAAGAGGAAGACCCUUAACGAGAUGGAUUGACACGACAGCCAAAACAAUGGGCUCAAGCAUAACAACAAUUGUGAGGAUGGUGCAGGGUCAAGCAGUUUUUCGUUCUGUUGUGCACAGGGUCACUGUAAGUCAGAACAGACUUGAUGGAACCUAACAAGAAAACAGCAAAAAUUUGACUACAACUUCCAGUGUAAGUAUGUAUGUGUGUGUUACAGGAUAUAGUCUCUGGGUGGUACAAAUGAUUAAGCUCUGGCUGCUAACUGAAAGGUUAGAGGUUUGAAUCUACCCAGAGGUACAUUGAAAGAAAGGGUUGAUGAUCUACCUCAGAAAAAUCAACCAUUGAAAACACUAUGGUGUACAGUUCUACCUUGACACAUGUGGGGUAGCCAUGAGUCAGACUUGAAGGCAGCUGGUGGUGGAAUCUACCAAUAAGUAAAUUUUAAACAUGAGAGAAUUUUUAAAGGAAGAAAAAAAAUAUAUGCAAUAUUUUAAAACUAAUGUGUUUUACUAAUGGUAUUCAAACUUUCUGCUCACUAAAAAUAUUUUACAAAAAGUUAAAUGUACCUGUAUAAAGUAACUGGAUAGCAAAUUCUUUAUACAUGCUCAUUAAAAUUUUUUUAGUUAAAAAUUUUUUUUUUUAGUUUAAUACUGUGCAGAAUGCUUUCUCAGGAAUGCCUUUGGACCUCAGCUGACCCCCAAACCCAGAAACUUAUUACCAUUGAGUCAAUUGUGCCUCAAAGCGACACUAUAGGACAGAGUAGAACUGCCCCGUAGGGAUUCCAAGGCUGUAAUCUUUACUGAAGCAGACUGCCACAUCUUUCUCCCUUGGAGUGGCUGGUUGGUUUGAACUGCCAACCUUUUAGUUAGCAGCUGAACGCUUAACCACUAUGCCACCAGGGCUUCUUCAGCUGACCCCACGGGAAUUUUCAGAGUUGUCCUAAGUUAGGUGAAGAUAAGUCAUUGCAUGUGGGUCACUCCAGGAAGGGGCAUGGCCAUGGGACAAUCCUUGAAGGAGAUGACAGCUAAAAGGUACCUACUGUCAGUAUUCCCAGCUGCUGGGCAACAAGUUCUUUAGUCAAAGGGGAUCAAUCAGGAUCAAUUGCAGCUACCAGGAUGUAACUCCUUGCCAAGAAACCCAAAGUGGCCAGGUGGUAGUUGCAGUUGAUAAUUCAACAGGAGUUCUUGGAUGGGAUGCACAAAUUCCAAAUGAGUCCUCUGGAUUAUUUCCAGAUUCUAUUUCUGAUCCUGGUAUUUCAGUGUAUUAAUUAUAAUACCACCAAUUUACUAAUUGAAUUAUGUCCCUCCCCCAAAAUGUGUUCUAAAUCCUAACCCUUAUACCUGUGGUUACAGUCCCAUUUGGGAAUGGGUUUCUUUGUUAUGUUAAUGAGGCAGUAUUACUGUGGGGUAUGUCAAGUCAGGAGCCCUGGUGGCACAGUGGUUAAGCACUCAGCUGCUAACUGAAAGGUCGGCAGGUCGAACUCACCCGCUGCUCCUCAGGAGAAAGACACAGCAGUUUGCUUCCAUAAAGAUUCACAGCCUUAGAAACCUAAUGGGGCAAUUCUGCUCUGUCCUACUGGGUCAUUAUGAGUUGGAAUUGACUCGAUGGCAGUGGGUUUAGUUUUGGUUUUUGUGUCUUAAAUCAAUCUCUUUUUGAGAUAUAAAAGCAGAUUAAGCAAGCAAGCACAAAUGGAGGGGAAGAAAUCUGCCACAUGAUAACCAAAGUAUCUAGUGUAAAAAGAGACAAGGAUUUUAACCACAGAGGACAGGGUCUUGCUCUGCACAGGCACCCUGAAUUCAGAUUUCUAGUCUUCUAAAUUGUGAGAACUUCAAUGACUUCUUCAUUACAAAUAACUUUUUUCACCAACAUAAACAGCGACCACACACGUGGACCUUGCCAGAUGGAAUACACAGGAAUCAAAUCGACUACAUCUGUGGAAAGAGACAAUGGAAAACCUCAGUAUCAGUAAGAACAAGGCAGGGGCUGCUGCAGAACAGACCAUCAGUUGCUCAUAUGCAAGGUCAAGUUGAAACUGAAGAAAAUCAGGAGGUUGACCGGAGCCAAAAUAUGACCUUGAGUAUAUCCCACCUGAAUUUAGAGACCAUCUCAAGAAUAGAUUUGACACACUGAACACUGAUGUCAGAAGACCAGAUGAGUUGUGGAAUGACAUCAAGGACAUCAUCCAUGAAGAAAGCAAGAGGUCAUUAAAAAGACAGGAAAGAAAGAAAAGACCAAAAUAGAUGUCAGAAGAGACUGUGAAACUUGCUCCUGAACGUCAAGUACCUAAAGCAAAAGGAAGAAAUGAUGAAGUAAAAGAGCUGAACAGAAGAUUUCAAAGG